AUGUACAAUGAGCAGAAAUGUGAAAAUGUCUUGGAUUCUUUAUUAGAAGAAUAUACUGAAAGAUUUGCAAAUUUUGAUGAUCACACUCCUGCUUUGAAAUUGGUAUUUGAACCACAUUUAGUAGAUAUAUCCGAUGCUCCUACCGAAUUACAAAUGGAGUUAUUCCAAUUGGCAGAAGAUAAUAUUCUCAAAUAUCUUUUUGACGCUAAAAAGGACCCCUUAGAAAUCUGGAAAAAUACUGUUGAAUAUCCAUGCCUACGAGAGCAUGCACGCCAUAUACUUUCCUGUUUUGGAAGCACUUACUGCUGCGAGUCAACAUUUUCUAUCAUGACAAAAAUUAAAACAAAUUUAAGAACGCAAAUUACAAAUACUCAUUUAGAGGACCAAUUAAGGCUGCGCGUUACGAAGCUUAAUCCAAAUAUUCAAGUACUGUCAAGCAAGAAACAAAUGCAAAUAUGCCACUAA